CUAACUUGCAGUUCGCGGCUCGUGUGCUCCAAGUAAACACACACUCUUAUAACUAUUCAACAAUGAUAACAAUAAUAACAUAAAUUAUUAAUUACUUGUAACUCAUUAAUUCGCAAUCAGCGAACGUUUCAUUUAAUAAUAAAUCAUGUACGGUUUUGUGAAUUACGCACUCGAACUUCUUGUUGUUAAGACGUUUGACAACGAAACAUGGGAAGCUAUCAAAAAAGAUGCUGCCGUCAAUAUGGAGGGACAGUUUCUUGUACGACAAAUUUAUGACGACGAAAUAACGUAUAAUAUUAUUUCGGCGGCUGUUAAUCGCUUGAAAAUACCAGCCAAUGAAAUACUCGAAUUAUUUGGACGAAUGUUUUUUGAAUUUUGUCAAGAUUCUGGGUAUGAUAAAAUUCUUGAAGUACUUGGAGCUACACCACGAGAUUUUUUACAGAAUUUAGAUGCUUUACAUGAUCACUUGGGUACACUUUACCCAGGAAUGAGAGCGCCGUCAUUUCGAUGCACAGAAAGACCCGAGGAUGGUGCUUUGGUACUACACUACUACUCAGACCGACCAGGACUUGAGUAUAUUGUCAUUGGGAUUGUAAAAACAGUUGCCAAAAGACUUCACGGUACAGAUGUUGAUAUGAAGAUUUUAAAAUCCAAAGAAGAAUGUGAUCAUGUACAAUUUCUUAUCACCGAUACAUCAGCGCCUGGUGUCGCGACUAAACCGAUGAUUGCUGAACUUGAAACACUUUCUGUUGAACCUAAAGUGAGUCCAAUGACAUUUUGUCGCGUUUUUCCAUUUCACUUGAUGUUCAAUCGUGACCUGACAAUUGUGCAAACUGGAUGCACAAUCACACGAGUCAUACCCCAAGUUACAAGUGGCAAUUGUAAACUCAAUGACAUACUUCUAACGGUAAGGCCGCACUUAGAUAUAACAUUUGAAAAUAUAUUGUCACACAUCAAUACUGUCUAUGUACUAAAAACCAAAAAAGGUGUAAUGCAAGUAGAGGCGUCCGAAGAAUUUUCAAAUUUACGUCUCAAGGGGCAAAUGCUGUAUAUACCAGAGUCAGAUUUAGUUAUAUUUCUAUGCUACCCCAGUGUCAUGAAUCUCGAUGAUCUCACAAGACGCGGCCUAUAUUUGAGUGACGUUCCACUUCACGAUGCAACGAGAGAUUUAGUCCUGAUGUCAGAACAAUUUGAAGCGGAUUACAAACUAACGAGAAAUCUUGAGCUUCUGACUGACAAGUUACAGCAGACGUACCGUGAGCUUGAUGGUGAGAAGCAGAAAACUGACAGUUUGCUGUACUCAGUGCUACCGAUAUCUGUGGCAAAUGAAUUGCGGCACUCAAGACCAGUGCCAGCUCGACGGUAUGACUGUGUCACGUUAUUAUUCUCCGGUAUCGUUGGUUUUGGCGCUUACUGUGCCGCCCACACGGACUCAAGUGGUGCUAUGAAGAUUGUUAAUAUGCUCAACCAACUAUAUAUUCAUUUUGACGUUCUGACUGAUCCUAAAAAAAAUCCUAACGUAUAUAAGGUAGAAACUGUUGGUGACAAGUACAUGGCGGUCAGCGGGUUACCAGAGCCAUGUCGCAGCCACGCUCGUUGCAUAGCUCGGCUCGCCUUGGAUAUGAUGGAUUUAGCCGCGGACGAGGUUCAAAUAGACGGAGAGCCCGUGAAAAUCACUAUUGGUAUCCACAGCGGUGAAGUUGUUACGGGAGUGAUCGGACACCGUAUGCCACGUUACUGCCUGUUUGGUAAUACCGUCAAUCUUACAAGUAGAACGGAAACUACCGGCGAACCAGGAAAAAUAAAUGUCUCUGAAGACGCAUACAGGUAUUUAUGUAUGCCAGAAAAUCAGGAUCCACAAUUUUUACUCGAAUAUCGAGGACCAGUAUCAAUGAAAGGCAAAUCAGAGCCAAUGAACGUAUGGUUUUUAUCCCGCGAGCGUGAACUAUCAUCCUAAAAUCCAACUCCAAAAAAAACUAAACAUAAAAGAUAAAACUAACUUUCCAUAGCAAUAACGACUAAGUAUAAAAAAUCAUAUAUGUAUAAUAUAAAUUAAAUGUAUACAAAUAUUUGUGUUCUAAAAAAAAAAAAUCAA